UUGUUGAAGAAUAACUCAGCACGUACAGAGCUUGCACAGCAGCCUAAAUCACAGCAGUGUAUAUAUCCCAGAGCACAACAUUAAAGUGAAGCUACUUCUUUUCUAUUUGUCUGCUGACCUUCAGCACACUGUUUUCUGAAGCAUAGACUUGCAUUUUUUUUGGAUGGAAUCAAGUUAUAAAUUGAGUUUGUCGUAAAAUCAGAGAUUGUAGUCAGCAACAGAUGAAGAAGUGGACUCGUCAAAUGGUGACCUUGUUCGUAUAAGAGAACACAGAAGGAGAAUCGGUGCUGUUUUCAAAUUAUUUGAGCCAGGAUUUGGAAAAGCUGCUUUGAUUGUCGUCCGGGUCCCUUCCUCAGAGGAAACACAUCCUGUUAAUGUUUGAAUGUGAAGUCGGACUACUGAAUAUUUGUUGCAGCCAGCAACGCCCAAAGACUCACCAACACAGUUAGAAAAACAACAGUUUCCUCCUAACUUUCAGAGUCGUUUUCUUUUUGGUAUCUUAUCAGUAUGUCAGGAUUGUGUCACUCCCAAAGCAUGGAGUCUAUUUCAACAAGAUGCUCAAUUUUGGCUUAACUGUUUAAUGUACUGCAUGGUGCUUUGCUGUGAUUGUUAAUAUUUCGAUUUAAGCCAAAGACAAUCUCAACAAACAUUACACAAAACUGCCUUGGAUAGCAAGUUGAUCUGCUUUUCAACAAACUGACAAGGUGGUGUACAGGCCUGGGAGAUCACUCAUUUGCCUCCACCAACUUUACUCAAAGAUCUUCACUUUGAGCAUCAACAAAACUUCAACAAAAGGGAUGGACCUGCAUGCACGGCAGCUUAUCACCGCUGCGUCUCCAGUCAAGAAGGCGCAAGAGGGUGGAUAAACCACGUUCACUUGCACCCAACUUAAACACCUGAAGUAUUUUCAAAAUCUGAGACAUCCCUAUUGAGGAUACUGGUGGACACGAGAAUGAAUGCCCAGCUUCUCUAGCAACUCUUAGACAGCUCUAGAUGCUCCUGAAUGUCUAAUUCAUGUGUGAUUUGUGUAGAAAUAAAAAAGCUUCCUUGUGUUCACUUGGCAACUAGAGCUGUCUUGGAGUUGAGGAAAAGCAGCUGGGUAUGACUGUCCAAAAGCUGGUGGCUACUGCGGUAGCAGUGGCUCUUCUGUCUCUGAUUCUCAACAAUGCAGCAGCCUUCACUCCAAACUGGGUGUAUCAGGCCCUGGAGGAUGGAAGAAAGCGCAGUGUGGGAUUGUGGAAGAUGUGUUAUGGGAUCGAUAAAGGCAAAGGACCAACAAGGCAUGAACAGACUUUGGAGCGUGACUGUGAGAAUUUAAACUGGGGAUCAGAGCAUGCUGGGUUUCAAGAAUCUCGGAACACAGUGAAACUUCAGUUUGACAUGAUGAGAGCCUGUAACCUGAUUGCCACUGUGGCUCUGACUGUUGGCCAGCUCAUCUUCCUCCUUGGACUUAUGGAACUGCCACUCAUUACUCAGGAUUCUCAGUGGUGGGAAGAGGCCAUAGCUGCUCUGUUCCAGCUGUCCAGUUUUGUGUUGGUGAUUGGACUGGUGACAUUCUAUCGAAUUGGUCCUUAUACUCAUCUCUCUUGGUCAUGCUACCUGGACAUUGGAGCUUGUCUCUUCUCAACACUUUCAGCAGCUAUGUUAAUCUGGAACAUAUUACACCGGCGAGAGGACUGCAUGACACCCCGUGUUAUUGUUAUUCGUCACUCAAGGCCCCGUUUUGAAAAUGACUACGUGGAGUCGCCGUGCUGAAGUGAAAUCCAGGACAGAAAAGGAGAGUAUGUGCAUGUGUUUGAGAACUGCAGGAUCUCUGCUUGUAUAUGAACUAACUCAAUCUCUGCCUGACAGUCAAAAUAGGGAAGGUUGGAUGAGGUAGAUGCACCACUGGGGAGGGAGAAAGCAAGGGUUGGAAUUUGAAAACAUGAUCAAUUUUGAUUUGGGUCACCAGUACAAUUUUUGAGGUACCAUGCAAAUCAUCGAUUAAUUACACUACAUCAGAAUAUUACAACAUAGUAUAAACGCAGGAGAACUAGCUCAGCACCAGGAGAGAACAAAUGUGCCUCAUGUAUCUGAGGGGCUCCACCAGAUUCAAAGGCACUUCCCGUGAUCCAACUGCAAAUGGCUUAAGAUUCUGACCUGUUGACAAAUUGCUGGCAAGAUGCAGUGUCAAGGACAUUGAGUACCUUGGUGACAAGGGCUUGUCAGUUCUUGGCCAGUACAUUAGGUUGAGCAACAUUGUGACGCAGGAAUAAUCUCUUAAUUCUCUCCCCCGCCACUAAGUUCAAACACCUGCUCCCAAGUGUCAAGACUUUAUUUUGGAUAACCAGGUAUCAAGAUUGAUAAAUAUUUAAAGGAAUAGUACUCAACAGUUGAACAAUCUAGACUUUAAUUUAAAUCAGCUAAUUAGAUAGGACACAAUAUAUGUAUUCCUUAGCAUUAGAAUGACUAGAACCACAUAUUACUUGCAUCUGACAUUCGUGAAAUCAGAAUAUAAAUCAGACAAAUACAUCAGAUACAUCAGAACAGAAGUAGGCCAUUCAGCCUGUCAAACCUGCCCCACCAUUAAAUACAAGCAUGGCUUAUCGUUUCGAUGCCUUUUACUCACGCGUUCCCAAAUCUCUUGAUGCCAUUGGUAACCAGAAAUUUAUUAAUCAUUUCUACUUUAAACAGACUGAAAUUUCACAGCCCUCUAGGGAUACAGAAUUCCAGAAAUUUAUAACCCUCUGAAUAAAAAGAAUUCCUUCUUAUCUCAGUUCUAAAUUGUAUUCUCCUUAUUUUUAAAUGGUACCUCCUGGUUCUAAACCAACCAGCCAGGAAAAAAAACAUUUUAUCUAGAUAUACUCUGUAUAUCCCUUUCAGUAUUUUGUAGGUUUCAAGGACAGCACCUCUCAUUCAUCAAGCUUCUUGAGAAUAAAGUCCAGAGUUUGCUCAAUAUAUUUUAAUAAGGCAGUCCACCAUCCUGGGACCAAGUCUGGUGAUUCUGUACUCCAGUCUCUCUAUGGCAACAAUAUCAUUCCUGAGGUAAUAAGACCUCAGUUGGCUGGAUGGCAGACUGAUGCCAACAGUAUGGGUUCAAUUCCUGCACCAGUGAGGUUACCAUGAAGGACCCUCCUUAUCAAACUCUUUUCUCACCUAAGGUAUGGUGACUACUAUCAGCUGUCACUCUCUAAAGACAGCACUAUUAUCCAAUAGGACUAUGGCAACUUUACCUUUAAUAAUUGAUUCUAGCAAUUCCCUACUACUGGUGUUAAGCUAAAGAAUGGGAUGACGUUUGCUAACUUCCAAAUUACAGGAAUCAUUCCAGUAUUUGAACUCUGGAAUGCAGGCAGACUUACAGAUCAGAAGAUUCAACAAAUUAAAGUAAAAUUUUAACAGCAAUAUUUAACAUGAAUGGCUAUCCUAAAAACAUAACUGGAAUUCAUAGCAGUUGGGUGGAGUUAAAAAGAAGAUGGAUUUAACCUGUGGGUCUUUUUAAGAAAACACUUCCAUAAUUCAGUACUUUCAGUUGCCUUUUCAAAGUGCGCUGUCAAUGUAAAAUUUGAAAAUAAAUGGCAAGAGCACUGCUUGAGUUGUAAAUUCAUGUUUGCAGUCAGUUCUAUUGUCCUUUACCAUGGCUAUUUUCAUGUGCAAUCAAUGUUUCUGCACCAUACUGGAGUGGGUUUUCCAGGGAUGGGGGGCAUACAGCUGGCAUUGGAUAUGUUACAUGUUGUGACAUUUUCUAUAUAUGCCUCAGUAAGAUAUUUAUUAUGACUCUAUUGCACCCCUAGCACUCGUUGAUCUUUAGUUCAGGUUUUGGUUCGGGAAGUGAGGCAGGAAAUCUGGUCACGAAAAUAGGACACAGAAGUCACUGUCAGGAUCUUCUGGCUACUUACUGUUGCGCUAAACGAAGGCUUCCUGCCCAUCCCAGGCCUGAUAUGCCUAAUGGGAUUUAACAGCCAAUGGCCUGCCUCUCUCCAACCCAUCAGUCAGAGGGGUGGGUGGGGGGGGGGGCAAGUCUGUUUUGAAUACACCAUAUAAAAAUCUGUACGGAAGUGAGACAAGAGCAUCCCUUUAUACUUUGUUUCCAUGAGAACAGUUAGUCUGUGCAACUCCAAUCUGUAUCUUUAGGAAAGUCCCAUACAUUUCAGGACAACUUAAAAAGGGUGGAGAAUUCAAUGUCACAGAAGUCCCUGAUCCUAGCGAUUGGGAAACACAUGUUCCUUUGAGCUUAUUUCAGGGCUAGCAAGCCCAUUACUCUCAUUAAAUAUGAUCAUAAAAGGUGGACUGAGAAAGUAUAUGCCCAGAUGUGGAAUAUAAUUUUACUGUUUCAGUUCUGUUUUGUUUCAAAUACUGGAAGCAACAUCAGUGGAAUUAUUGCCCUAUUUCCUGCCUGUGAAAUUUGAAAUCAUUGGUUCGGAGGUGAACCUAGAAUCCACAUUCUUAUUGUUGCCAAUCUGCUGAAUAAACUACACUCUACAGUAAGAGAAAGAAAUCACACAAACCAGAUGAAUUCAGGUGUGUAAUAGCGUUCAUUCACAACUUCAAUUUGAGACCACCACUACCUGUACCAGACCUAUUAGUUCUAGUGCUUCUCAAAUACUACAUUUUAAAAGUGGUUUGUCCAGGCAUGUGGAUUAAAAUGAAAUUUGUAAAUGCAAUUCAGGGUAUUUUGCACAAUUUGAGUGAAUAGAAUGUGAAAUUUUAACAAAAUAACGUCCAUUACGUCUUACAGUUUGUUACAACACUUCUAUAGUAUGCCACUCACUCAACUGACUGAACAUUGAAUACUAAUCAAAUUCAUACCAAUGAAUCAGUGAUAAUGGGAACUGCAGAUGCUGGCGAAUCCAAGAUAAUAAAACGUGAGGCUGGAUGAACACAGCAGGCCCAGCAGCAUCUCAGGAGCACAAAAGCUGACGUUUCGGGCCUAGACCCUUGAUGUGAUUUGUAGGGAUAAUUAUCCUGUCACCACCUGUGGGUUGUGCUACAAAUCACAUUCCAAUCUAACUUAACUACGUCUCAACUUGACAACUGCUGGGUCAAAAUCCUGAAACUUUUCCUAACUUGGACUCAGCUGUUUAGAGCAAAUUGAUUACCAUGACCACUUUCUCAAAAGCAAUUAAGAAUAGCCAAUAAUUACCGGCCUUGCCAGAGGCAUUUGCAUCUCACAACUGAAUUUUAAAAAAGAAACAUUAACAUGGACCAAAAAUAUUGAAAACAACCACAUGGAGGUGCUCUGGCCAUUAUAUAGGAGGCACCAUCCCAGUAACACAUCAACAGAUACUCACCUAGCUCCUUUUCACCACAAAACAAAUCCAACUGAGUCAUGUUUAUAUAUAUAGUUAAUGUGUGAACUCUUCCAAUCACAGUAUUUGCUACACAGUGAGAGAUCUGAUCAACCCAAAUCAAAACCAGCAUCUACCCAGAGCGCUGUUCUCUGCAAUGAUUACUCUUACUGUUUUGCUAUAUUAACUAAAAACCUAAAUAUAUUGUAGCUAAAUUGUAGACCGGGGAGAGGCAACAGAGGUCAAGUUGGCUCUUGGGAACUACAUUUAAAUCUAUUAUCAAGUUAAUUGCAUGUACUGGACAAUAAAUGACAUAGAUGUAAGAAUAAAAUUGUAAGUAUAUCUGUUACACAAACUCUGUUAUGUCACAUGCUGAUUUUUUCCAGUGCAGUUACAAUGCGUUUUGUACAAUUCUGGUACAUAACAGCUGUUACUGAAGUAUUUAAGAAAGCAGAACACUUUUGGUUGUCAUUGCUGUAACACAUGAGUUUCUCCUGUUCAUUUAAUUUAAAGCCCAAAUAUUUCCUUAAAUAAAAUUCACAUGAUCAAGUUAA